CUGAACAUUCUUGUCUCUCCCAUAAUAAGCUACAAAAUAUAGUUUAAGGAAAAAAAAAUGCCUUGCCUAGAUAUAUCUACUAAUGUCAACCUUGAGGGAGUGGAUGUUGAUUCAUUCUUCAGAGAAGCCACCACCGCCGUUGCCAACAUCACCGGAAAGCCUGAAAAGUCGGUGAUGGUUGUACUAAAAGGAUCAGCAACCAUAACACUGAGGGGGAACAAGGAACCAGCUGCUUUAGGUGAGGUUUUAUCCAUAGGAAGCAUGAAUUCAGAGGUUAAGAGUGACCUAAUUUCUUCAAUUAGUUCAAUUUUGGACAACCAUUUCUCCAUUCCCAGGGCUCGGUUUUUCCUCAAAGUUUAUGAUAACAGUUUGGCUACAAGAUUGUCCAGAAUGUGAUGAGACAAUUUAAUUUGUUGGUAAUUACCUGAUUUGAUUUGCCAGUUACUAUGUACUGUUCAUGAGUAAGGCAACUCAUAUAUGUUACCUAUAUAUGUUAAGGCCGGUUUGAAGAAAACCUAGUGUAAUUGUGUAAGAAUAAUGGCUCUUAUGCUAAAUUAACCAUCUUGUUUGUAUUUACUAGCUAGCUAGCA